AUGACGUCUUUCCUGUUCCGGCGCUUCGCGACGACGCGCGCGCCGGCGCCCGUCAACGUGGCCAUCGUCGGCGGCGGGCGCAUGGGCGAGAUCCGCGCGACGAACAUCGCGGCGUCGACGGAGGCGACGCUCGCGGCCUUCGUCGACGUCGCGCCCGACGCCGCGCGCGCCUUCGCGGCGCGCCACGGCACGGCGCCCUUCGGUGACCUGGGCGGCGCCGCGGCCGCCGCGCGCGCGGCGGGCGCGCCGCUCGACGCGGUCUGGGUCUGCGCGCCGACGCCCGCGCAUCCCCGGAUCAUCGCCGACGCCGCGGCGCUGGGGCUCCACGUCGCCGUGGAGAAGCCCGUGGCCAUGGGCGUCGACGACAUCGCCGCGGCCUACGACGCCUGCGCCGCCGCGGGCGUUCACUUGCAGUGCGCGUUCCAGCGCCGCUGCGACGCGUCCUACGAGGGUCUGCGGAAGGCGGUCGAGGCCGGCGCGGCGGGCGCGCUGCGGUCCGUGCGCUGCACGUUCCGGGACCACCCGACGCCCGAGGCCGCCUUCCUCCUCGGCGGCGGCGGCGACCCCUACCACGACCUCGCGACGCACGACGUCGACUUCGUGCUGAGCUUGAUCAAGUGCUCGCAGGCGCUCGCGCCGCGGGCCGCCGACGCGCCGGCGGCGCUCGCGCACUGCCCGACGGAGGUUUAUGCGGUCGGCGCGUCGUCCGACGCCGCGCUCGCCGCGGCCGACGUCCACGACUCCGCGACGAUCAUGGCGACGUGGGCCUACUCGGGCGGCGCGGCCGCGACGUUCGACAUCUCGCGGGCCUCGGCCUACGGCUACGACCAGCGCUGCGAGGUCUGGGGCGACUCGGGCGCGCGCGUCGCCGUCGAGAACCCGCACCGGACGGCCCUCAGCGUCUCCGACGGCGCCGGCGUCGCGGCGGACCGCCUCGCGCACUCGUUCCCGGAGCGUUUCGCCGACGCGUUCCGCGACGAGCUGUGCCGAAUUCAAAUCUUCAACCCGACUUCAAUGUGCGCGUAUUCGAAUGGUUCGACACAAGUUCUUCGGCUAUGCUUCGAGAACUCGACGAGAGCAAUCGAUUCGUCCAAAAAUCAGCCGAAUCGACUUCGAUUUGACCGAGCUAGAGAAUUCUCAAGUUUGGUCAGGACCACCCAAACCAGUGGUUGA